AUGUCCUCUGCUCAAGAUUCCGCCACCAAGAUCUCUAUUGAUAGAUUCGAUGAAGACAACAACGCGACGUGGAGCCGCUACAUGCGUGGCGUGUUCCUGACCAAGUCGACGUGGCACAUAGUCAACCGGGAGACCACCCCCACCUUCGCCGAUCCUCAAGCCAGUGAUGAGUACGUCAAGACCAACAACAUUGAGUUCGGCUUGAUGUUACUUCACAUGAGCGCGGACUAUCAUCACGUGGUUGAUGACUGCGAGGAGGCAUGGGUUGCGUGGACACGGUUGAAGACUCUCUACGGCGGAUCGCAGAAGACGGGACGGAUCUUCUUGAAGAGACAGCUGUUCAGCAUAGAGAUGGCGGAAGGCGGCAAUGUCAUGCAUCAUAGCAAUGAAGUUCUCGACAUCAGCGCCAAGCUCAGCAGUAUCGGUGCCAAGAUGGAGGAUGAGGACGUGGCGAUCUGCUUGUUGUGCAGUCUCCCCAAGAGCUACGAGAAUCUCGUACUGAACUUGGAGAUGAGCAGCGUGGAACUGCGGACGCAAGACGCCGUGAUAGAGCUGACGAAUGAGCACAUCAAGAGACAAGGAAACAAGGAAACAAGAAGACAUCGGUGA